CUUCUUGACAGAUUCGACUUCAGAUUGAGAGCAUUCAAGAUGGCUGCUACAGGUCCAAAGUAACAGCCUUGCCCACAGUCCCCUGUGCAUGCAGCUCUCUUAAGGUUGCAGCAUCCUCAGUUGUGUGCCCCCAUCCCGCCCCCGCUCCUCCUGCUUCUCACCAUGUCCUCCACCUCCUCUUACUCGUCGUCGGGGGAGACCAGCCCGGAGGAUGUACCCCGUGGUGGCGGCACCAUCCGAGUCUACCUCCCCAAUAAGCAGAGGACAGUGGUGAACGUCCGGCAAGGACAAACCGUGUACGAGAGUCUUAAUAAAGCGCUCAAAGUGAGAGGCCUCAGCCAAGACUGCUGUGCUGUGUUUCGCCUUCUAGAAGGUCGUAAGAGACUGACGGACUGGGACACAGACAUCACCCCUCUGGUCGGAGAGGAGCUGCUAGUCGAAGUCCUGGAUGACAUUCCUCUUACCAUGCAUAACUUUGUACGGAAAACUUUUUUCAAACUGGCUUACUGUGAUUUUUGCCACAAGUUUCUUUUUAAUGGCUUCAGAUGUCAGACAUGUGGCUACAAGUUUCACCAGCACUGCAGCAGCAAAGUCCCCACUGUGUGUGUUGACAUGGAUACAGUGAGCAAACGGUGUGACAGCAAUUCCUGCACAGAUUAUCCUCAGAUAAUGUUGCCUGAGACUUUGCCAUCGCAGAGCAACCUCGCCUUAACCCCAGAGCCUGCUGGAUCAGGCCUUCUGUCCCCGACCUUUAACUUUCCAACAACAGGUGGAGACGGUCAGUCUCUACAGAGACAUCGCUCCACCUCCACCCCCAACGUCCACAUGGUCAGCACAGUGGAUAUUGCUAGUGUCGUCAUCAUAGAGGAAACACUGAAAUACAACACAAUAGGCCCAGAGCCCUCGCCCAAACCCCCAACCAGCCCGCCCUCCACUCUGGGCUCCCCUGGACGGAGGCUGCAGAAGUCCCCCUUAGAGCACAAGGAACGCAAAUCCUCCUCAUCCGAUGACAAAAAGAAAGUGCACCGCGGAGGCUACAGAGACUCUAGUUACUACUGGGAGGUCCCCUAUCGAGAAGUCACCCUGCAGAAGAGAAUAGGCACGGGCUCCUUCGGGACGGUCUUCAAGGGCAAGUGGCACGGAGACGUGGCCAUCAAGAUCCUGAAGGUUAAAGAGCCAACGCCUGAGCAGCUGCAGGCCUUCAAGAAUGAAAUGCAGGUCUUACGCAAAACCCGCCAUGUAAACAUCCUGCUCUUCAUGGGCUUCAUGACUAAGCCCAACUUUGCCAUCAUCACCCAGUGGUGUGAGGGCAGCAGCCUUUACCGCCAUCUGCACGUCACAGAAACCAAGUUUGACACGAUGCGUCGCAUUGAUGUGGCCAGACAGACGGCGCAGGGCAUGGAUUACCUUCAUGCAAAGAACAUCAUUCAUCGAGACCUGAAAUCUAACAAUAUUUUCCUCCACGAGGGCUGGACCGUAAAGAUCGGAGACUUUGGCUUGGCCACGGUGAAGUAUCGAUGGAGCGGCUCCCAGCAAGUAGAGCAGCCCAGUGGCUCCAUCCUCUGGAUGGCUCCCGAGGUGAUCCGGAUGCAGGACAGCAACCCGUACACCUUCCAGUCUGACGUGUAUGGUUAUGGAGUGGUGCUGUUUGAGCUGAUGUCAGGAACGCUUCCUUACUCCAAUAUCAACAACAGAGACCAGAUACUGUUCAUGGUGGGACGUGGUUACUUGUCCCCAGACCUCGGUAAACUGUGCAGCACCUCACCCAAGUCCAUGAGGAGGCUCAUCGUCGACUGCCUGAAGUUCAAACGGGAGGAGAGGCCCCUUUUUCCACAGAUCCUGGUAGCCAUUGAGCAGGUGCAGGAACUGAUGCCAAAAAUCGAGCGAAGUCGCUCGGAGCCAUCGCUUCACCGGGCCGUCCAGGCCGAGGACCUGAACCCGCUCCUGUUCCACACCACCAGGCUGAUGCCCCUCUAGACCUUCUUCAGUCCCGGCUGAGACGCAACAGCGUUCCUUUACCUGAGCGGACACAGCUGGCUCUAAAGACAGAACACACCCACCCCAUCCCCACCCGGCACCCCGCUCAGCCUCGGAGCCGCACAGCUCAUACCAAACUCUACAAGCAACCGCAACACUCUGCUUAGUGUGAUGGUGAACCUUACCAUACCAGACAAAGACCUGAUGCUAAAGACUAGGAUAACCCAGAGACACACUGCCUGCGACGCAGAGGGAGGGGUUUCUGAUGCAGGGAUGCUGCUCCUUGUUUCCCUGUUAGUCAGACCAGAGGAAGCUAGAAGUCAGGUUAACAACCCAGAGCUGCUGAUGUUCUGACACUUCCUCACUUUACGACCAACUACCCAACUCAGUGGGGGGUGGAGGUCUGAGCAGAAACUCUUUUCUUAGAGGAUGACAAAUGUAGUCUUAAUAGGAACUUUCUCUAUGUACUAUUUUGAUCAAUUUUUGAACACAAUCACCAAACCAGCCAGUCUCAGGGUGGGGGAGGAAGCACUGAGGAGGUUCAGGUGACCUGGAGCUGCCACCAGGUUUACAGGACAGUGUCCUGCAGAGGUCAGCAGCUCACUGACCAGGGCUCAGCCAAACAGGCUGAGCCUCCUCCCGCCCUACACCAGGUCAGGUUUUAAAUAGCAGGCCCCAUGAGCUUGAGAUGCGUGGUCAGGGUUCUGACUGGGAGUGGAGCCGUGGUCAGACCGCUGCAUGGAGGUCUGCUCAUACCUGACCUCUCUCUGGUAGCUGGCUGGGUGAAGAGACGGUUGUUGUGCUUGUUCGUUGGGUUGCAGCUUCCUGCACUUUUUCUUGGUGUUUCCUAAAGUUAGGGUGAAAGUUUUGGAACCUCCAUGAGUGAUGACACGGUAUUUCCUCAUUAUCCAGGCAACAUGUUGGUCAUCUCAGGCUGCUCGGGUCACUCUGUUGACCCUGAUGGUUAACCUGGGCUCAGAAUGUCAGGGCAGCUGAUGAGAUCUGUGCAAUUGUUUCUGUUUUGGAUGGUUAAGAAAAUUGAAUCUUCGGCUAAUAUUUCUGUCUGCUGAUGCCAGAACCAAACAUAAGCCAUAGUUGUUGCUUGCUUCAUUGGCGCAGGCAGCCAGCAGGGGGCAUCAUUAUCAGGCUGCUUUCAGGCUCAGUCAGUAGCUGCUCUGCUGGCUCAGCACACACCUCUAACUGCUGACUACAGCUCUGUGAUCCAUGAUGCUGCUGCUGCUGCUGCUGCUGCUGAUGAAUUCAGUUCUGCUUGACUUGAUCUGCCAGGCAGCAGCAGGUCAGUGUGCGCCAUCUGCUGGAUCACACAGUAAACUGCAAGCCUGCUGCAGUGGUGGUCCUGGUUUUCACUGAGCUCUCAGCCCUGACCUUUGACCUGUGCUGGAAGCUCAGGAGUCUGUAGGCCUGUGAAGGAAGCAGCGUGUCCUGGUGUCGUCUCAAUUUUCUUCCCCCAGAUUGUUUUUCUUCCUGGCACAGUUCCCGUCACUCUGAGCUUCACAGCUGAUCAGAAAUGACCCCCCGAGGUCAGCGCUUUGUGAUGGUAACCUGUCUCCUAGUGUCGAGUUGAACAAACAGCCAGCGUUUGAUCCUCCAUGUUUUGAUGGGGCUGGGACCCCCAACUCUGGAUGCUUCCUCCUGACUGGGCUAGAGCCUCUUUCUCCUCAUUAUUUUGUAAUGAAAAUGUACAAGAAUGUACAAGAAUGUACAAAGCAAAUAGCACAUCAAAAGACAUUCAAUACACAAAUUAAUCUAGGAAAACAAACUAAACUAGAUACAUUUAAAAACAUUAGAGGCUUCAGGAAAAUAUUUUUGUAAUUAGAGAGAAACAUGCUGCCUGUGUGUGUGUUCGUGUCCUGUGGAUGAUCUGGUCUGUGACCACGGCUAGCCUCCCGGCUAACACGGUACCGUCUGCUCCUCCGUCACAAUGCUUCUCCUCAUGAACUCAAACUCGUCAGCAACAUUUAGCUCAUAGGAGCUUCACUACAGAACAGUUGCUGGUAGCAACGUUUAGAAACUGUACAAGUAAUUUAUGUGGUGUGUGGAAACUUGAUCCUGAUCAGGGAUGUUUGAGUAGAACUUGAACGUCGGACUGGCGCGAGGCUGCUGAAUGAAACGAGCUGCUCUGUAACUUCCUGUUAAAACAGUAUGUUUUUUUUUUUUUUUUUUGGGUGAUUCUUUUUUAGAGACAAACUGCUCUGUGGCACAGGUCCUUCUCUACUCAUAGGGUCUCACUUCUGUAUUUGCUUGCAAUAAUUCUGGCUCAGUGUUGCAAUAUGGCGGCGUCUUGCUCAAGCCGCCGCUCGUCUUAUUUAUCUGAAGCAGGAAGUAACCGGGACGGCCCGGUUCCAGUGGACCUGCAGAGUCCCGCGCCUCGUCUGAGACACUGUGCUGCAUGUGGAGACUCAGAGGGUGGGGUGGACCAAACUUUUCACAGCUGUUAGUUUCAUAGAGUUAAAGGAAGAGAGAGCUGUAUCAGUAGUUUCUUUAUUUUGUCUUUUCAUAUCUUUUAGGUGAAUUGCAAUACUGUUGUUUCUGCGGCGUCAGGUGUUUUCAGUUUGCAAUAAACGGUGUAUUCUGCUGUGUACAGUUACAUUUUUUUUAAAUUGCAGAAAUUGUAUUUGUAUUUUUUUGUCUGAUGGUUUUAAACAGAACAAAAACAAUUUUAAAGUAUAAAUGAAAUUCUAGUAUUUUUUCUAGUUUCUUUUUCUUUUUUUUUUUUUUUGGGUCUUAAACUAUUGAUGCAGGAUUUAUUCUGGAGAGAAAUAAAUUAAUCUGUGUUACUUUG